CCGAAAGGAACUCUGGGAAGUGUCAUGGCUGCCGCGCCAGCAGGAAACAAGAACGUUUUCAAGACAUUGUAGCCGCGCUUUUAAAUUAUCCUUGUACCAGUUUGUAUUUCUAAGUUUAUUUUGGUGAUAAUUCUGGUCAAACAUGGCGUCCACCGCGGCGGGAAAACAGCGGAUACCGAAGGUGGCGAAGGUGAAGAACAAAGCUCCAGCAGAGGUUCAAAUCACUGCGGAGCAGCUCCUCAGAGAAGCCAAAGAGAGGGAGCUGGAACUUCUGCCACCACCACCCAAACAGAAGAUCACUGACAAGGAGGAGCUGAAUGACUACAAACUGAGGAAGAGGAAGGGGUUUGAGGACAACAUUAGAAAGAACCGCACUGUCAUCAGUAACUGGAUCAAAUACGCACAAUGGGAGGAGAGUCUGCAGGAGAUCCAGAGGGCGCGCUCCAUCUACGAGCGUGCGCUGGAUGUCGACCAUCGCAACAUUACUUUGUGGCUAAAGUAUGCCGAGAUGGAGAUGAAGAGCCGGCAGGUGAACCACGCCAGAAACAUCUGGGACAGAGCCAUCACCAUCCUGCCCCGUGUCAACCAGUUCUGGUACAAGUACACCUACAUGGAGGAGAUGCUGGGGAACGUGGCUGGCUGCAGACAGGUGUUUGAGCGCUGGAUGGAGUGGGAGCCUGAUGAACAGGCCUGGCACUCUUACAUCAACUUUGAACUUCGGUACAAAGAGGUGGACAAAGCUCGCACCAUCUAUGAGAGAUUCGUCAUCGUUCAUCCUGAGGUGAAGAACUGGAUCAAGUACGCUCGCUUUGAGGAGAAGCACGGCUACGUGGCUCACAGCAGGAAGGUCUACGAGAGGUCGGUGGAGUUCUUUGGAGAAGAACACGUAGAUGAAAACCUCUUUGUCGCCUUCGCCCGGUUUGAGGAGACGCAAAAGGAGUUUGAACGCGUUCGUGUGAUCUAUAAAUACGCCUUGGACAGAAUUCCCAAACAGCAGGCUCAGGAACUCUUCAAGAACUACACCAUGUUUGAGAAGAAGUUUGGAGAUCGCAGGGGCAUCGAGGAUGUGAUCGUCAGCAAACGGCGGUUCCAGUACGAAGAGGAAGUCAAGGCCAACCCACAUAACUACGACGCCUGGUUCGACUACCUGCGUCUGGUCGAGAGCGACGCCGACCCCGACACAGUGAGGGAGGUUUAUGAACGAGCCAUUGCCAACACCCCCCCCAUCCCUGAGAAGAGACACUGGAGGCGCUACAUCUACCUGUGGAUUAACUACGCUCUGUAUGAGGAGCUGGAGGUCAAGGAUCCUGAGAGAACGAGGCAGGUGUACGCGGCCUGCGUGGACCUCAUCCCUCAUAAAAAGUUCACCUUUGCAAAGAUCUGGCUGCUCUACGCUCAGUUCGAGAUCCGACAGAAGAACCUGCAGGGAGCUCGAAAGAUCAUGGGCCUGGCCAUCGGUAAAUGCCCCAAGAACAAACUUCUGAAGGGCUACAUCGAACUGGAGCUGCAGCUGCGUGAGUUCGACCGCUGCAGGAAGCUGUACCAGAAGUACCUGGAGUUCAAUCCUGAGAACUGCACCACCUGGAUCAAGUUCGCCGAGCUGGAGACCAUCCUGGGGGACGUGGACCGAGCCCGGGCCAUCUUUGAGCUGGCCAUUGGACAGCCCCGGCUGGACAUGCCCGAGGUUCUGUGGAAGUCCUACAUCGACUUUGAGAUAGAGCAGGAGGAGUUUGGGAACACCAGGAACCUGUACAAACGGCUACUGCAGCGAACGCAGCACGUCAAGGUUUGGAUCAGCUACGCCAAGUUUGAGCUGUCCAUCGACAGCGACGAGCGCCUGCAGAAGUGUCGGCAGAUCUUUGAGGAGGCCAACAAGGGCAUGAGGAGCUGCGAGGAGAAGGAGGAACGCCUGAUGCUGCUGGAGUCCUGGAGGGAAUUUGAGAGAGAGUUUGGCUCCGACAGCAGCAGGGAGAGGGUGAGGAAGCUGCUGCCAGAGAAGGUGAAGAAGAGGAGGAAGCUGACGGCGGAGGACGGGUCCGAUGCAGGGUGGGAGGAGUACUACGACUACAUCUUCCCCGAAGACGCUGCCAACCAGCCCAACCUCAAACUGCUGGCCAUGGCUCGAAUGUGGAAGCGUCAGCAGGCAGAGAGCGAGGAUGUGGCUGCCGACCAACCCACGGAGCCUCAAACACAGCUGUCGUCGUCGCCGCCAUCGCCGUCGUCCGCUCAGGAAGCUGAGGAAGCUCCUGACAAACAGCUGCAAACAGAGUCUGGCAGAGAGAGUCAGACCGACACAGACCACCAGGAGGAGCUCAAGGAGGAGCUCAAGGAGGAGCUCAAGGAGGAGCACGACGACCAGGAGGAGGAGGGGAAGAACAACAACAACCAGGAGGAGGAGCACGACGACCGAGACGACAGCAGCAGCAGCAGCAGCAGCAGCAGCAGUGAGAGUGAGGAAGAGGAGGAGGAUGGUGCAAAGAAGAAAGAGGAGAACAACACUGGAGAAGAUUAACAUCAAAGUCAUUGUGAUAAAAAGAACAGCAGAACAUUUUGAUACCAUUUAACUUUAUUUUACAUGUUUUUGCAUUUGUGCCUCACACACACACACACACACACACACACACUCUCUCUCUCUCACUCGUCCUCUUUUCUGGGUCAUUCUAAAUUAAAAGGAUAGAAUGGGUGAGAAACAGUGGCUCUCUGACUGUGUCAGGUUGAUGAUGAUGAUGAUGAUGAUGUAGAGAAGGGGGCGGAGCCUCAGAGAGCCACUCUUCUGUUAUUCAAUGUCUUCAGGUCUGACAGGAUGUGGCAGAGGGAUGAUGGACUUCUUCUCUGUGUCUCUGGAGAGAGCCUUCCUCAUAUCUGCACAGAAAAAACAAAACAAGAUCAAAGUCGAGGCGACAACUGCUCAAAUGUCGCCCUCUUCUGGCCACAAACAGAGACCUUUCGACCUGAGCCUUUGAUAAAGCAGCACUGGUUUGUUUCCUGUUCCCAUGAGGCUUUGUGUUUGGGCCACUUCACAAAAUAAAUGCACAACCUCUUUUCCCA